UUUAAAAUUACAGGUUUUGCUCUCUGGAAAGCCCUUCGACAAUUCCCUGUAUCGUGCAUCCAUGAGCGCCGCAACUGAAACAGCCACCUUUGCUUCCGGAUGCUUCUGGGGCGUGGAGCACAUAUUUUUGAAGCACUAUCCUCCCGCCCAGGGCAAAGGAAUCGUAAAGACAAGCGUCGGAUAUACUGGUGGCAAGGAGACCUUUCAAAAUCCGAGUUAUAGGGAGGUGUGCUCUGGCGAGACGGAUCAUGCAGAGGCAGUAAAGAUUGAAUUCGAUCCUGCCAUUGUCAAGUACGAUGAGCUUGUUGAGUUCUUCUACCGCACCCAUGACCCUACCACAGCGAACAGGCAGGGCGCAGACACCGGCACCCAAUAUCGCUCAGCCAUAUUCACGCACUCGCCGGAACAAGAGACGAUCGCAAAGCGAGUAACGGAGCAAGUGCAGGCCAAGCACUUCACUCCCAAAGGGAAAUCGAUUGUCACGGAAAUUCUCGAGGUAGGGCCGUGGUGGGAUGCAGAAGAGUAUCAUCAGCUAUAUUUGUUCAAGAAUCCCAGUGGGUACCAGUGCCCAACCCAUCGUCUGCACUGGUGAUUCCUGUUUAAAUAAAUGUGCCUUUGUAAACAUAGUGUACCAAUAUGUACCAAUACGUUUCGAUACAUAUCCUCAUUUCCUUUUUCGUCUCUUA